AACGCAGAGUGCCGUGGCUGAUUUUUCGGAAAGAAACCACACGUUCUCCUGGCCCCGUGCGUUCCUAGGGGCACUGCCUCAAGGCCCAAAGCUGAUACAUGGCUGAUAAGAGGUUGAGAGGAUGCAGGCGCUUUCCCGCCUGUUCUUGACGCUGGUGGUGGUGAGCGCCGGCUCCCUCCUCUACGUCCUGCUCUGCCCACACUUCUGCAUCCCGGCGUGUUGGCUCAGCUGCCGGCGUCUGGAAGAGCAGGAGAGGCGCUUGCUGGCCGUGCCGGGGGCCAUGCGGUUUGAGGGCUACAUCAGCAUCCCGGACGGGAAGCCGCUGGCCCAUGUCCCGUGUCGGCAGUGUGCGGUGGUCUCCAGCUCCGGGCAGAUGCUCGGCUCCCGCUCGGGGAAGGAAAUCGACGCGAAGGAGUGCGUGCUGCGGAUGAACCAGGCCCCCACACAGGGCUACGAGGCCGACGUGGGCAGCCGGAGCACCGUGCGGGUGGUCUCCCACACCAGCAUCCCGCUCCUGCUGCGGAACCAGUCCUACUUCUUCAAGCAGUCCCGGGACACCAUCUACGUCAUCUGGGGUCCCACCCGGCUGAUGAGCCGGGAGAAGGUCGGCCUGGCCUACCGGACGCUCCUGAAGGUGAAGGAGAUGUACCCCAGCCUGCGCCUCUACACGCUGACGGAGAGGAUGAUGGCCCGCUGCGAUGAGCUGUUCCAGCUGGAGACGGGGAAAAACAGGAUGAAAUCCGGCUCCUUCCUCAGCACCGGCUGGUUCACCAUGGUCCUGGCCCUGGAGCUGUGUGAGAAAAUCUUUGUCUUCGGCAUGGUGAGCGAAAGCUACUGCAGGGACAAGAGCCAGCCGUCGGUGCCUUACCAUUACUUCGAGAAGGGCAGGUUGGAUGAGUGCAGGAUGUACCUGGCCCACGAGCGGGCACCUCGUGGCGGGCACCGGUUCAUCACGGAGAAGGCCGUCUUUUCACACUGGGCACAGAAAAGGAACAUUGUCUUCACUCACCCGUCGUGGCUGGACGGGUAAGGGGGUUGCGCCCCGCAAGGCGUCGCACCAGCCUGGAGAACCUUCACGGGCUCUUUGGGGCUUGAGGAACAACUUGGGAAGGCGUCUUUCUGCAGCAGAUGCCCUCCAGCCGCGACCUGCAAGCCCCGCUCAGGCGAGCUACAAAAACAGGAAUGACACCGCCAAGAUCACGUGUGACUUGGCCCCUGCUGUUUCGUUUUCGUUUUUUCCAACGGCCAAAAUCAAGGCUGCUUCACUCUGGUGCAAACCGGGCGGUGAAGCCAUGGCCUGUGCUAUUUUGGCUCUGUCUGCGACUUUUUCCAUUAAACACUGGACUCGCAGAAGUGCCCUUCUCAUGGAUUCUCAUGACCCACCCCUGGCUUUGAGGGCGACCCCUUUCCUGGAGGAAGAAACAGAUAGGAAGACACACAAGAUACAGAAGGUAUCUGUCCACUGGGACUCCAGCUGGCAUAUGGUGACCCUCUUUCCUUGUUUGGGCUUUUCCUCCAGGUUUGUCCUCUACAGUCGAAAAGGAAGCGGGUGUGUGUGUGUGUGUGUGUGUGUGUGUGGUUUUACAAAACACUGACUUCAAACCCUUCUACUUUCAAGGUCUAUUCGUCUGCAUAUGAAGUGGCAGCUUUGCAUUUGCUCUCGCUUCCUCUCCUUCCUGUUUUCUUGGCCACUCCUUUACAUUUCCAACAGAGAAGCAAAGCCUUGUUCUGUCUUUCUUUCUUUCUUUCUUUUCGACUUCCUGUGCCCGGCGUGGUGUUUUGUCCUUCUUGAAGCACCCGGGGCGGGGGAACACGGAAAGGCCUCUGGUCGUUCUCACUGGUCAAGCAUCGUCCUCGCUGUGAUCAUCUCCGGUCUUCUCCGUCUGAGGCUUGGCUCAGCGGAAGGCAUGCUCGGGAACAGGGGGGCAAGGAUCUCGGAUCUCGCUGUGGAGUGGUCGUCUGGAGACUGCACAGCCUGCAAACGUUAGAUUGUGUCGUCACCCUCCUGAUGGGCAGUUGGGUUGAGGAAUGUCCAGAGCGUCCCAAGAGCCUUGCCUCUGCCCGGGCUGAUGGCCCAGCUUGCAGGAGUGAGAGAGAUGACCCUCUUUUUAACCCAGGUUUCUUGUGCCUGCCCGGGGCCCCCUUGGUGCUGAGCGCCUCCCUGUCUCUGCAUGGUUGACGUCCCUGUACCACACCUCAUCUGGCACUUUCAUUCUCACAGGGGUGGCUAAAGCCUUUGAGAGUGGCUGUCCGACAUGUCGGCCUCGCAGAAAACCCACAGCUCCGUUGCGUGGGAAUGCUUAAGAAGGGUGGGAGGGAUUGGGAACCGGGAAAGAGGAGGCACGCUCCCCACACCUCGCCCCAUGUGAAGGCCUCGUGAAAACCCCUCUUGGUCUCAUGCACACAAAGCUGCCACUCACGUCAAAGCCUUUCGGCUGAAUAGCAGCUUGGAGGCGUUUUCCGGAUUGAGGCUUUCAAGGAAUAGAAUUCCCGGAGAGGCAAGCGGUGUCGCCCGCUGCAGCGAAAUCCUGCAGUGCUUUGAAAAGGAACGCAUUUUCGUUGGCACGGGCUCUUGCGGCAUGUUCCCCCCUUCGUUAGAGAACGUGCUCGUUAGGACCAAGAUGUGGAGAAAAGGGCUCGCCCGCCCUUCCCAUGCUCCCAAGGUGGAUCUUUCCUCCACACCCUACUCUGUGGCUGCUUUCCUUUCCUGUUUCUUUUUUCCAAAUGCCACUGUGCAUUUUUGGGUGUUGGUCUCGUUCAGUUUGGGUGGGAGGGAGGGAGGCGAGAGCCUCUGUGCAUCGCUGGCAAAAGGAGCCGAUGCAACAUUUCUCAUCUCAAGGGGGAUCUGGGGAAUUUGGACUGCUGCUAUUCUCCCAGAGGCAGCUGGAGUGGGCCAGGGAAGCCAAGAAGGCCAGCUCAAAAGAAAGAUCCAAAACGAAAGAGGCAGGGGGUGAUUUGGCGUGUGAGGGAGAAGGAGGUGCGUAUUCAUCCUGUCUUGAACCUUUGGGCAGCUAAAUGGAUCUGUGCACGGAGGUGACCCCAGGACUGAAGCUGCAGUGGGGAGGCUUCGUGGGUCGGGUGUCCCGCGUUUGUAGAAACGGACUCUGCAGGUCUGGAUUCUGUGCUGGUUUAGACCAACAGUAAAGGGACCGGCAGGACAGCCCUGCAGAGUUGGCAGCAGGACAAAGGUGCAGAAUCGAGGACUGGGCCUAAAGUCCGAGGCACGUUUCCACACGCCCGUGUGCCCAUCUCUUUUGCACACAUCUAGCCGUUCUUUUGCGGCCUUUGUUUGAGCAUCUCUGUAUCCAUGCCAAAAUUAUUUAAUAAAUGUCACUCCAGAAA